AUGGCUGACCUCAGUCUUGCAGAUGCAUUAACGGAACCAUCUCCAGAAAUCGAGGAAGAGAUAAAGCGGGACUUUAUCGCCAGUUUGGAGGCAGAGGCCUUUGAUGAUGUUGUGGGAGAAACUGUUGGAAAAACAGACUAUAUUCCACUCCUAGAUGUUGAUGAAAAAACUGGGAACUCAGAGUCAAAUAAGAAACCAUGCUCAGAUACUAGCCAGGUUGAAGGUACUCCAUCUUCUAAACCCGCAGUGCUAGCCAAUGGUGAUCAUGAAAUAGAAAGGAAUGACACUACAGAGUCCCCAACUGAAUUCCUUGAAGAGAAAAUGGCCUACCAGGACUAUAUGAACAGUCAAAAUUGGCCGGAAGAUACAAACUUUUGUUACCAGCCAGAGCAGGUGGUGAAUCUUGUCCAGACUGAUUCCUUUAAGAUGCACCAAGAUGAUGGCCUGGCAGAUUUUCUCUUUCUUCCCAGUGGAACAAGCAGUGCUUCAACACUUACAGGGCAAAAUGAUCCUUUGAAAGACAUUUAUGGUAUGCCACGCUGUGACGCAUUUUCUUCAGCACCUAGUGAUGUACAUCAGGAGUGGCCAGUGGAAGCCCCAAACUCUCCACACUUGGCAUCUUUCAUUUCCCCAGAGUCUAUUAAGCAACCUCUGCAGCCCACAGAAGAGCCAACUAUGGAGGUAGAAAUGACCUCAGCAAAAGAGAGAGCACCCACAGAAGUAUUAGAAAUAAUGCCACCUAGAGAAACAGAGGUGACACUGGCCAAGGACUUGGAGCCAGCCACAGAAACAGAGAUGGCACUGGCCAAGGAUAUGGAACCAUUCACUGCAUCAGAUUCGGCUAUAGUCAAGGAUGUGGUACUACCCAAAGAAACAGAGGUCACAGCUAAGGAUAUUGUGUUGCCUACAAAAACAAAUGUAUCUUUGGACAAGGACAUGGUACUGUCCUCAGAAACAGAGGUAACCCUGGACAAGAAUAUGACACUGUUUAAAGAAACACAGGUGGCACCACCUAUUAAAAUGGAUUUGGCCUCAGCUGAGGGCAUGGUGUCACUCUCAGAAAUAGAGGUGGCACUGGCUAAAGACAAUGUAACAUUGACAGAAAUAACCCCAACCAAAGAGGUGUCCCUAUCCUCAGGAACAGAGGUAACUCUUCCCAGGGAUGUGGCUCUGUCCACAGAAAUAGAGGUGGCUCCAAUCAAGGGUGUGGCUCCAUCUCCAAAAGCAGAGGUGGCCCCAGUCAAGGAUGUGGCUCCAUCUCCAAAAGCAGAGGUGGCCCCAGUCAAGGAUUUGGCUCCAUCCCCUGAAACAGAUGUGGCCUCAGUCAAAGAUGUGGCUCCACCUUCAAAAGCAGAGGUGACCCCAGUCAAGCAUGUGGCUCCAUCCCCUGAAACAGAUGUGGCCUCAGUCAAAGAUAUGGCUUUACCUCCAAAAGCAGAGGUGACCCCAGUCAAGGAUAUGGCUCCAUUCCAAGGAGAGGUAGCCCUAAUAAAGGACAUGCCUCUGUUUCUAAAAGCAGAGGUGGCUCCUGCCAAGGAUGUGGCUCUGCCUCCAAAAGCAGAGGUGGCCCCAGUCAAGAAUGUGGCUCCACUCCCAGAAGAGGUAGCCUUGGUAAAGGACAUGCCUCUGCCUCCAAAAACAGAGGUGGUCCUGCCUAUGACUCUUCCCUCUGGAUCAGACGUGACCCAGGCCAAUGAUGUGACUCUAACCAAGGAUGUUACACCACCCUCCAAAGCAAAGGUGGCAUCAGCUCCAGUUCAGGGCAUGGAAAUUCCACGGACACAGGAAGGAAUAAGUCAGGAUUCUCAGUUAAAAUCUUUCCAGGAUAAGGGGCUGUCACCUGCACCUACUUCCAUGAUUUCACCAGAACCAGUCACAGCCGUGGGCCAGAAGUACAACUUGCCAACAGAUGAGGAUUCUGAGUUAGAGAAACUAGAGCAAAAGAAACAAUUCAGUAGUCAACUUAAUGAGCUUUCUUCAGAGACCUCAGGUGGUGUUAGAGCUCCAGGAGUGAGAGUGGGGAGAGCAGCGAAAGAGACGAUGUCGCUCUCAGACGAGCAGCCAGCCUCUCUCACUGUUGCCUACGGCCAGCUGUGUAAGGGCAAGCCUGCUGAGUGCCGAAUGGACUCCCCCAAAGAAUUCAGUCAAGCUGGAUUUGAGUGGCAGAGUACAGAAGGCAAACUGAAUGAGAUCGGGCUGAAUGUCAGCAUGGACAGGCAGCUGAAAGAUGGGCUUGUGAAAAAUGCCAGCUUCCUGGAGCAGAAUAAGCGGUGCUUCUUUGAGGGGGAGCUAGACAAAGAGCUCGGCAUUGAAGUGCGAGACAAGGAGUAUCAAACAACCUCGGGUCACCUUGAGAGCCGGUAUGUGAUUUCAGAUACCUGUCCUCCCUCCGAGGGGAAUUCACCACACCAGAAGACAGCUGAGUUCCAUCUGGGGCCCGUAGAAGGGUCAGACACAAAGAAAGCCACAGUUCAGGGGAACGUGGCAGGGAAGAAUGGGCUACAGACCAAGAGCCAGCCAGACCUGGAUUUCCCUGGGGCAACUAGCAUCCCCAUCCGGUAUGUUAAAGAGCAGGAAACUAGUGUUUGGAACCCUAACUUUAAUUCAGUGGUUCAAGGUCCUCAGGGGGAAGCAACUCUUGGAAAGAAGGAAGAGGGCAUUACCCUUGGCUGCCCGGUGCUUGGAGUCGUGAAUGAGAACUUUGGGCAGAUUGAACAGGAGUCCCCACUACCAGUGGCUGUAGUUCACACAGCCCCUGCUAUUGAGCAUUCACCCACUGCCCUUCCACCAAUCACUAUGGUGGAGUUUGCCCAGGAAUAUUUGAAUGCAAGCUCUCACAUCAGAGACCAUGAUGAGGAAUUGGAGAAAUUGCGUUCUCCUGAGGAGGGGGCUUUGCUUGACCAAGCCCCCCAGCAGAAAAAGGCAAUGCGCAGGACCCUGUCUGAAUGUUCUCACCUCUCAGUUCCCCUAGCUGUCAACCUUGCAGAUAAGUACCCUGAACUCCCUGCCAGAGAAGAGCUUUCUUCUGGCUUGCUUCCCCCGACCAGUAGCCCAAUACCUAAUCCUACACCCAGGAAACUGGGGGCUCCUGCCAUGAGGCGUUCCAUGACAGUGGCUGAGGAACAGACACCCAACCACAGAGUGGACCCUGAGGCACUGCCCAUUCUAUCUGUUAAGGAGAUACCUCCUUUCAUCUCUGAGGAACCAGUGACCAAGAAGAGAGAAGAAUUGACCCACUUCAGCAAUAGCAGUAGCUCUGGGAAGAAAGAACUGGGCACUGCUGGAUUUAAUCUCCACAGUAAGCUAGAACAGAUUCCUGAAGCAAGCAGCAAGGAAAAAGCACAAGAAGGUAUCAGUGCAACAAGAACUGAUUUGAGCUCUCAGGCCUCCCAGGGAGGUGAGAAACAGCCAGGACAAGCAGCUCUAGCAAGGAAGAAAGAAAUUGAGGUCAGUGCAAUCCAAAGCACUCCAUCAUUCCUGCGUGAAGAGGCCCCACGUGAUGGAAUAGCCAAGCCAGAAGAAGGACAGCCUACUGUGAGUGUGACCGGAAAUGACAUCACCACCCCUCCAAAUAAGGAGCUCCCACCAAGCCCAGAGAAGAAAACAAAGCCUUUGGCCACCACUCAACCUGCAAAGACUUCAACAUCGAAAGCCAAACCACAAUCCACUUCUAGCCCUAAACAGCCAGCUCCCACCACCCUUGGUGGGCUGAAUAAAAAACCCAUGAGCCUUGCUUCAGGCUCAGUACCUGCUGCCCCACCCAAACGCCCUGCUGCCACCACUACCCGGCCUUCCAUCUUACCUUCAAAAGACGGGAAGCCAAAGCCUGUUACAGAGGCAAAGAUUCCUGAGAAGCGAGCCUCACUGUCCAAGCCGGCCUCUGCCCCAGCUGCUAGACCUGGCUCCAGGAGCACCCAGACUGUUCUGAAAGCCCCAGCAGCUGGCACUCCACCUGCAGCUGUGUCAAGCAGUAGGAAUCCUCCUGUGCAUCUGCUUAAGAGGCCCACUGCCAUCAAGACUGAGGCAAAGCCUGCAGACGUCAAGAAGGUGACUACAAAGUCUGCACCAGCUGAUUUGAGUCGCUCAAAGAGCACCUCCACCACUUCUGUGAAGAAAAACACCACUUCUACUGGGGCAACACCCCCAGCAGCAGUGACUCUCAACCGAGUCAAGCCCACACCUACGCCUCCCCGACCCUCCGUGACACCUACCAAGGACAAGAAGCCCUUGCCAGCCAAGCCUAACUCCUCCACCCCCAAUCUGAACCGCCUGGGUACCAAUGCUUCUACCCCCGAUUUGAAGAAUGUCCGUUCAAAAGUUGGCUCCACGGAAAACAUCAAACAUCAGCCUGGAGGAGGCCGGGCCAAAGUAGAGAAAAAAACAGAGACAGCUGCUACAGCUCGAAAGCCUGAACCUCAUGCAGUCACUAAAACAGCCGGCCCUAUUGCGAGUGCACAGAAACUGCCUGCUGGGAAAGUUCAGAUUCAGAACAAGAAAGUAGACAUCUCUAAAGUCUCCUCCAAGUGUGGCUCCAAGGCUAACAUCAAGCACAAGCCUGGUGGAGGAGAUGUCAAGAUUGAAAGUCAGAAGUUGAACUUCAAGGAGAAGGCCCAGGCGAAGGUGGGAUCCCUCGAUAAUGUGGGUCAUCUGCCUGCGGGAGGUGCUGUGAAGACUGAGGGCGGUAGCAGCGAGGCCCUUCCGAGUCCAGGCCCCCCUGCUGGGGAGGAGCCAGCCAUCCCUGAGGCAGUGCCUGAAGCUGCCACCCCCACUUUGGCCAGUGGCCUCAGUGGCCACACCACCCUGUCGGGGGGUGGUGACCAAAGGGAGGCCCAGACCUUGGACAGCCAGAUCCAGGAGACAAGUAAGUGGCUGGGCUUGGCCUAA